UUAGUGUGAAGAUGUAAACGCAUGUCGAUAUUGUUGUUCCUUCGGUAAAUUAUCAAACAAACCCAAGGUAGUACAACUCUUCAAUACAAAAACUCGUUGACCUGGCAAUCGCACUCCGACGAAGGCGCUGGCCCAAUAGCGGGCACUCUUCAACUAGAACUACGACAACAAGAGCUAUCAAGAUGUCGAUGAUACAACACGAUAUACAUCGGGAGACCACGACGGAGGGGCCUCCAGGAGUGUAUUCGAACGGACUACAGAAAAUAGCGGAGAAAUGGACUAUCAUGAAGCCAUUGGUCGGUCCUGGCGGGAAAAUCCGUACAAGGACGCAAAGCAAAAACAGAAAAAGUAGCGUCAUGCCAUUGUUAUGAUUAUGUUGCAGCUCGUGGUUGUGCUUGACGAAUAAGAAUCUUCCUGCUUAUUUGAAUGAUUAUACAUCGUCAUUUUCGUUAGAAGUUGGUCAUGUACUACGUAGCACUCGUGAUCAUAAGCUGCCAGAAGCGCACACGGAACUGCACUCUUUUCCCUCUCGUCUUGUUUAAGUACUCAACUUCCCCGGCUCCUCUUCCCCAUCCUCUUCUAAAAUGCGACCAAAAGGUGUUUUCGAUUCAAUACAGCUACCCUAUAGAGGACAGAAUCGCUGUGAGUUACGGAGAUGGCGAAAUCAGAGUGAUCGCGUUGAAGGAUGGAGACACACAAGUCUUGAAUCCGAAUAUUCGGAAGGCAGGUACCGUGGUACUAGAUGUAACUUUCAUCUGGUACUAGAUGCAACAACUUUAGAGAUGCUCAAUACUCGUGUUGAAAUCGAUUAUAUUGAACAGUACUCACACUCAGGUCAAGAUGGUGGAGAGGAUGAUAACCUUAGAAUGCUGGUGACAGAGAAGGUUCGAUACCCAAUCACAGCAGUGCGAUGGCAGGGAGCUAACAGCAAAAUGUUGGUAUUAGUCUUUGUCUUUGUCUUGUUACCUGGACAUUUUUGUUCCGAGUAGUGUGAGGCUCGAUCAUUUCUUCAAGGGUAAACUCUAGCAACAGAGCCCCUCUUCACCCUGUGAUGUCCUAUCGUAAUCGUAAUCGGAAAAUCCCACUCUUCGUGUGACCUGAGCUCUGCACGACCUCCACCUUCCACCACCAAAUAGAUUUCGACCUCACCCGGAGAUGCCGGUUUAAUUCAGUUCUGGGACACAGCGAGCGGUCGAGAACACGCCCACUUCAUUUAAGGUUAGGUUAAAGGUGCUUUUGUUACCGUUUGUUAUGGCUCUCCUAAGGGGGACAACCAUAACAAGCGGGAUAAACGAACACCAAAAACCUACCUCUAAUUCAUAGAGGAUGGGAAUCGAGCGCAGGUGUUGGACUUCGCAAAAAAAGGAACCAGCUUCGCGAGUGGUGGUUCCGAUGGCAUCAUUAGAGUCUACGACUCUUUGAAGGUACUUAUGGCAGUCUGCACUGAACUUUGUGCGAGAUUAAUUGUAUUGUGUUGUACUUUCUUAUACUUCUAGGUAGUUUUCGUUUUGUCUCCUGGAGCGGGAGUUUUGUUUUCUUUACUGCUUGUUUGCACGAUCAGUAGACUGCGCACAGCUGUUUGCUUUUACGAAGCGCAACAAAACUGCAAACAAAUCUAUAUGAGCAGGUAUGUAAGAAGCUUGGUGGAGAUGCCGAGAAGGUUGGUAGAGGACACUCUAGUGGUGUCAUCGCUUUGCGGUUUCAUAAUACAGACGUCAAUUAAGGCUUUUAUCCGUGAUCCAUAUUGAGGGGCAUCUUACUUUGAUUGUAUCCUUUUAUUUCAUGGAGAACAUAGAUGAUAUUUUUAAUAUUUCAUCAAAGUAAGAUUAAGAUAGCCAUAACAUGAACAUGAACUUCAAAGAUGCCUUUCAAUUUCAUUUUCAAGAUGAAUAAUAUAGGUAACGACCACCGGCUCUAAGUCAACCUUAUUCUGUCUGGUGGCAUGGAUCGGCAGAUUUUCUUAUGGGAUAUAGCCGCCGGACAAAUAUUAAAGAGAUGCCACGGACCUCGACUUGGACCUGAUGUUAUGACGAUCUUCUUCUUCAGGCGAUCUUCAGGCGAUUGACAUUGAUACUGUACUGAUUCGAUUAGUACUGUAGUUUGACAAACUCGAUUCAAAUUGUUUAUGUAUUUUUCUCCUCUUUUUCCUUCCAGCUUUACAAUCUUACACAAGUGGUAUGAGGAAUAUGCGAAGUAGAUACCUCCACGACCGAGGCCCAUCUAUACCGACUUUCAUUCAUUUUCGUCUAACCCCCGUCUCGACUACGGUAUGCACGGAUUAGAGGUUGUUUCGGGGUCAAAUGAUCCCCGUGAGGCCAUCCAGCUUUGGGAUAUGAGCGGCAAGGGAAAUGAAAUGACCGUUGCGAAGCAGAUCUCUUUUUUGAAAUUAAGGUACUACUGGGUGCAGCUUAUUGUUCAAGUUCAUCCAUUUUUGGGCACUUACCUAUAGGAAUACGCGUAGGUGCUUAAUAGGCACUCUACUAGCAGUGGUUUAAUAAGAGAGCAGACUUGAGAACAAGGACCGGUAGCAACAUCACUAAAUACGAAGUGUAGCUCGACUGUGUAGUCCUACAACUCGUCCUCUGCUCUAAUUAGCUAUAGGUGCUCGACUACUUUCAAGUUCAUCUCUAAUAAUAGAGCGGACCGAAGCUGCACCGAUGGAAGGGACAUCAUCCCCAGGACCGAAGGCGAAGAUCAUAGAAGCCUCAAUACGGGAGCCUGCUCGCAUCACUAUGCCCGUCGAGGAUUUACUGGAAGGCAGCUCUCCAAAAAAUAAAGAAAAAGAAGGAAAAUUACGUCAAUGUGUGUCUGUUUCUGUUGCCGUUCGUAGCUUUGAUGUCGUCCUCCAUCUACAUUUAUUUUUGCAAGGACAGGGUUAGCAGUAGUACUUCUGUUGUACAUUUGAAUUCAAAUUCGAUCAUGAUUUUUAGCAGGACUAAGGGAGGAAAGCAGGACUAAGAGAGAAAGCUAGCAACACCAAAACCCUACCUCUAAGAACUCAAGACGAAGGCGAGAAAAAAGAUGAGUCUUCGUCUUCAACGACGACUGUUAUGAUGAAUUUGAUUAAUGGGUACGAUCUGAUGUAUCUCUAAGCAACGAUUAGUGGAGUCACUAACCCCCAACAAAGCCAGAUGACCUUAAAUUUAAUGUCCCCUCCCCGUAUGCUAACACCGAUACUGUAACUCAUUCGAUUUCAAUCAAUUAUAUUAUAAUACUCCUGAGACUCUCAGGCUGAGAAAUGAUGAUGAACUUUGAACUCAAUGAUCAAGGUAUAAUUCUACAUAGAGAUGAACUGCUUCACCUAAUAGGCUAUGUAUUGAUUUCAACACUAACAUCGCCGCGAGAGGCCUUUCUAAAGGAGGUGAUGCAACAACGGCAGGCAAGAAAGAGAAAGAGGGCUCUUCAAAAGUGGAAGAAACGUCGAAAGCAGGAGAAGGUGGUUCGAAGACAGAUGCUACCGCUAACAAGAAAGGUGCCGGUAAAGCAGCUGCUAAAAAGACAGAGGAGGAGGAAGAUUAUGUUGGCAACCAAUGCUUUUGCCUCAUGUUGAAAAAUCUGGUGAAUUUAGGUUCUAUCUUGUUAGAUCAUGACCUAUUUCUACUUGAUUUUUCGAUGAACAUCAAGGUUGGUCUACUCCACAGAAUCCUCAGAGGAAUAUCUCGUCCAAUUCCACGCUCUUGUUCGUUCCUCUUCAAGAACGUUCUCUCUUCUUGAACUCAUCUAAUUUUUGUUGCAAGGGACGCCCACUUGUGUUACGAAUCAAGGCGUGUCCUGCGUUCGCUUUUCCGGUCGAGCCAAUUACGUACUCGUUACGUCAGGGAACGUCUUCCGUAUCUUAUGAAUGUUUCCGUGCUGGGUAACUUGAUUCUUCACUGGCACUUAUCUCACGCUUCAUCCGUCAUUUGUAGGUACAUUACACCUGCUGCGUUAUAGGUUUUUCCUUGAUUACAGUUUUUUCCUCUGUACUGUAGGUACAUUACAUGAUCUGCGUUAGUACUAGUAACCUUGUAGGUGAUGUACUUCCCGUUCCCUCCAUGACUUAUACUGAAGGGAGAAUAUUGGCUGCUCUAACCUUGUAUCAUCGCCACACCGGCGACGCUGUGGCUGAACAUCGGGUAGGGGAGGACGAGGAAGAGCCCGACAAGCCUGGCGAUGAUUCUUCUGAUUAUGUUCUUGUUGAAGAUAUCUAGACGUGGUAAACCGACUAUUAUACCAGUUUAACCUUAACGCCCGCCCUCCCCAGAAAGAACGAUUUUUACAUCUAAUUGCACUAGAUGACCGAUUACUUCCAGUAAUAUAGCGUCCACGUCCACCGGGUCCCUUGUUUUAUUGUUCUGUGUAUGUUGUUGACUAUGAUUGAAGAUCUUUCUCUGAGUUGUUCUUUUUCUAACGGUUGGGCCCUCUGAGACAGCGAAAGGUGACAAUUACUGCGAUGGAGCUAGAUGAAGAGAACAACACAGUGGUUUUGGGCGAUAGUCGUGGUCUACUGCACGGCCUAGAAGUGUCAGAAAUCCUACAUCGUGACGGUAACGAAUCGAAGAAGCGCUCCAAGGAGCAGGUUGGCGCGCCACGACGUAAGAGUGAGAAUACCGAUUCAAAGACAUUGUUGACGCUUUGAAGAGAUGAAGAGGAGAAGAAUGAACUUCAAUGGUUCACGCUUUGAAGAGGCUGACGCUUUUAAGAGGAGGAGGCGGAGGUGAUAGAUAGAUUCAAAGACAUUGCUGACGCUUUCAGGCAUUGAUGUUGACGGGGAUCGAUGAGGAGACUGUCACGGGUGUUUGUAGGCACGACAAUGCGACAGGGAUCCUCAUCUAUUAUAGGUGAGGAGGUGUUGAUCAUAAGGGUAGGGAUCUUGAUUGGUAUUGGUGAGUGCGGGUGAUGUCAGGGAUUUGACUGCCUUUCUAACACCUUGUCAUGCACACCCGCGACUGCUCUACCUGGACCGACGUACUUGCAUGGAAGUAUCAACAUAAUUUGUUAGUGAUUCAUUGAGGGAAAAAAAUUUCAAACCACUGACAUUAAUAGGAUAAGUUUUUAGAAGUAAAGAGUAAGAGAUUGACACAGCACCCCAAUCAGUAUAACCAUUCCGAAUUCAUCGAAUAGCACUCGUAACACGAAAAGCUCCCUGUGACGUAUUUAAAAUAAAAGGAUCAAUAAGUCGGUGCUGUUCCCACCGUAGUUAGAGGUGAAAGAAAAGCACGCGAUCGUGAUGUUGUUGACAAAAUUAAAGUCCAGAAGAUAUAGAAACUUUUAGGAUUUCAGUUGCUGUUGAGUAGUCAAUUGGUCUAUCGAGCGAUCUGAAAUAGGCAAGAUCUCGAAGUCUCAAAUUAUAGGCGAGGAACUCUCAGUCUAGCAUAAGCGUGCGCUGUUAUUCAACUUGCUUCACUUGAGAACUGAGUGAUCGGCUUGACGAGUCGAGCCUUCCCCAGUCUUUUAGAAGGAACAGAUAGCAGGGCGCCUGCGUCUGUUUUCCGGCUAAUGAGCAAAAUCCUCCUUCGUUGUAGGUCCUCAUCUCGUUCCUCCCUCGUCUGUUACCAUGGAUCAAGAAACAGGAGUGGUAAUCUGUGUGAGCUCAUGGAACGCGAAGUGGACUCAUGGCGACCCGUGAGAUGCCAAAAUGAGGAACCUUGUAACGAGACCCCAUGCCCAUCUUCCUGCCUGGUCUUGCCUCUAGGCUCCCCAGUCCUAGUUAGGCGAUCAGCUUUCGCC